CCUUGGCUUUGGAACCUUGACUUUGUCUGGGGGAAGCUCCAGGCUUCCUGGACCUUCUAAUCCUGCUUGCCCCUUCCUUUCCCUUCCGGAGGUACAGCAUUUCAGAGAAGCUACCCCACCCUGAGCUAGGGGUUGAGCUCACUCAGGACCUGUGUAUACGUAUGCCUUUGGUUUUAACUGCAUCCCCGUUGCUGGCUGGAGGCUUGGUGUUUAGUAUCAAUGAGCUCAGCCAGGUGCCUCCCCCUGUGAUGCUGCUGCCAGAUGACUUUAAGGCCAACUCUAAAAUCAAGGUCAACAAUCACCUCUUCCACAGGGAAAAUCUACCCAGUCAUUUCAAGUUCAAGGAGUAUUGUCCCCAGGUCUUCAGGAACCUCCGUGAUCGUUUUGGCAUUGAUGACCAGGAUUACUUGGUGUCCCUUACCCGAAACCCCCCAAGUGAAAGUGAAGGCAGUGAUGGUCGCUUCCUUAUCUCCUACGAUCGGACUCUGGUCAUUAAAGAAGUGUCGAGUGAGGACAUUGCUGACAUGCACACCAACCUCUCCAACUACCACCAGUACAUCGUGAAGUGCCAUGGCAACACACUUCUGCCCCAGUUCCUGGGGAUGUACCGAGUCAGCGUGGACAACGAAGACAGCUACAUGCUUGUGAUGCGCAAUAUGUUCAGCCACCGUCUGCCCGUGCACAGGAAAUACGACCUCAAGGGUUCCCUAGUGUCCCGGGAAGCCAGCGAUAAGGAAAAGGUGAAGGAAUUGCCCACCCUGAAGGACAUGGACUUUCUCAACAAGAACCAGAAAGUAUAUAUUGGUGAAGAGGAGAAGAAAGUGUUUCUAGAGAAGCUCAAGAGAGAUGUGGAGUUUCUAGUGCAGCUGAAGAUCAUGGACUACAGCCUCCUGCUGGGCAUCCACGACAUCAGUCGGGGCUCUGAGCCCGAGGAGGACGGGCCUGUGCGGGAAGACGAGUCCGAGGGGGAUGGGGACUGCAGCCUGCCCGGACCUCCUGCUCUGGUGGGCUCCUAUGGCACCUCCCCGGAGGGUAUUGGAGGCUACAUCCAUUCCCAUCGGCCCCUGGGCCCUGGAGAAUUUGAGUCCUUCAUUGAUGUCUACGCCAUCCGGAGUGCUGAGGGAGCCCCCCAGAAGGAGGUGUAUUUCAUGGGGCUCAUUGAUAUCCUGACACAGUACGAUGCCAAGAAGAAAGCAGCCCAUGCAGCCAAAACCGUCAAGCACGGGGCAGGGGCAGAGAUCUCUACUGUCCAUCCCGAGCAGUACGCGAAGCGGUUCCUGGAUUUUAUCACCAACAUCUUUGCUUAAGAGACUGCCUGACUCCCUGAUGUUCAAAGUGGCAGAAUUCUGAGAGAUUUGGGGGUAUUGUGGGCAUUCUGACCACAACUUCUCUUCCUCCUUGGAUAAAUUCAGGCCACAGGCUCCUUCCAUCCAAAUAACUCCAUCUGACCCUGAGAAAUACACUGUCCCUUCUCCCCUCUGUCCAUAUUUCUUCCCUCUUUCCUCCUCCAACAAGUCUGCUUGCUUCAUUAGAGUGUUACUGUUGACUCUCUCCCAAGUGCCUUGACCUUUGAAAAAUGACCUGUUGUUUCUGUAAAGCAGGAGGAGCUGGGGGGAAGGGGGUUGUUUGCUGUCUUCAGGACUGACUGGACAGAUGGACCUGACUCGAGCAACUACCCUGGAUGCACUUUGCUGAGUGGGAUGAACUGAGUGUGUGGAUUUUGCUGAUAACUUUAUAGAACUCACUAUGGUGCACUUCCCUCCUGGUAGUCCUUAGGAUGGAGGACAGUCAAGAUGCUGCAGAUGUGGGUGCAGGUGUGCACACGCAAGAUGGACUAUGUCAGUUUUACACAAGAGGUGGGGUAGAGAAUGGCCAGCACCUCCCAGGAGUGGGACUUGAGAGAACUCCUGUGAUGGUGCAGGGAAUGGGAGAGGGUCUCUGUCAGGGACUGACUGGUCUCUUCCUUCACCUCACUUCCCUCUCCACCCACCUGUUCUGGGCCCAGGAGCCCAGAGAUGGCCCAAGUGUCCAAGCCUGGGUGAAGGUGUCUGACCCUUGCUGCUCUUCGCCAGAACCUGCCGGGGUUGAGGUUCAUGGGGGGGUGUGUGGAGUUCUGGAGGCUGGGAUGAUGGGCCAGGGGUGUUGGGGUCAUUUCCCAAGGCUAAGUCCCUUUCUUCCUGUCUGGCUGCCCUGAGGUUCGUUCCUGGCAGAAGGGAACAUUUCUAUUAUCUCUACCUGGGUCAGUUCUGAUCAGUGCAAGAGGAUGGAGGCCUCAAGUGUGGGGCUUCCCCGGAUGUGUGCACCUGGCACACUGCCCUCCUCCACCCCUCCUCAGGCCCUUUCUCCAAUUGGAAUUGUUACCAUCCUGUUCUCUCCUGUCCUGUCUUGUACUGCUACUGUGUCUCCAGGGGGACAGAUGGCUUUCUUUGUCAUCUUCACUCUCCACCCCCAGAGAGGAGUCAGAGCCAUAAUUCAAUCACCCCGGCCUCUCCAAAGAUAGUGGUGUUAAUGCGCGAUCUUUUCACAGUGUGGAGGACCUUGAGGAGAUGAGAUUGAUCAUUAUCCCUCCCCCGAAUGCCGUGGGUCCAGGAUACCCAUUCUUCUUGCUAUUCUCUGAGGCUUCCAGACUUUUUUAAACAUGAAGAUGAGCACCAGCAACCAGCCUGUGGGACUGCAAAGCUGCUGUGCUGUCUAUCUGGCUAGACUGAUCAGUCUCACUUAAGGGAGAAGCCCUUUCUCCCUUUCAUCUUCUCCAAACGAGGUAGUGAGAGGGGUCCCCAGGCAGGGGUUGGAGCCCCUGUAAUACCUUCCUGCCAGGGGACUGAAGGAUCUCUUUCAUCACAACCACCUCCCUUUCCCCCUGUUGAAUGCAAUAAAACUCUGUGACACCAGCAACUGUUGUUCUUUAGAAAUGAGUUUUCUCAGUACAUGGCUGAUGGAUCAUGAGCAGUGUGGUCUUCAUUUGAUGCUUUUGUUUUUCACCUUCUUUUGUUCUAUUAAUUAAUAAAGAUCUUGUAUAUUUAUUCCCAUUACUAUCACAAUACAGAAAAUAAAUUAUUCGAUCCAAAUCCCUUCA